AGGUACUGAUAUGCUUUCCUGUCGUUCACUUAAGGGCCAGUGUCUUAAUCUACUAUGGCGACAAAAAACAUGCUUAUCCAGUCUGCAGAGUAAAAAUGUGGCAGUGAGAAAAUCAGAGAGUCUUAGAAAUAAGCCCAAACUUGAAGAACUAGUUUUUGGAAAGUUUUUCUCUGAUCACAUGUUAGUUUGUGAUUACGAUGAUGCUGAGGGGUGGAAAGAUCCUCAGAUUAUGCCCUUUGGAGAUUUCCAGCUUUCCCCAGCAAUUUCCUCACUACAUUACGCUAUACAGUGUUUUGAAGGAAUGAAAGCGUACAGAACUUCAGAUAAUGACGUCAGAUUGUUCAGACCAAAUCUUAAUAUUCAGAGGAUGCAGCGCACUGGAAAAGUGCUGACAUUGCCGGAAUUUGACGGAGACGAGUUCCUGAAACUAUUAAAACAGUUAAUACAGCUGGACAGUGAUUGGGUCCCUGACACACAGGCAGCUUCCCUUUACAUCAGACCUACCUUCAUUAGUACUGACCCUGUUAUUGGAGUAAAACACCCUUCUAAAGCGAGGUUAUUUGUUAUUACUGGCCCUGUCGGACCGUACUACGAACAAAAAGGUACGGAACUGUUCAAGUCUAUAAAACUGAUGGCAGAUCCUCAGUAUGUAAGAGCUUGGGAAGGUGGGAUCGGAGCUUUCAAGGCUGGAGGGAACUAUGCACCAACAAUACACAUACAGAAGAUCGCCCAGACCCAAGGGUGUCAACAAGUUCUGUGGCUGUACGGUGAUAACAAACAGAUGACAGAAGCAGGAACCAUGAACUUUCUUAUCUACUGGAUCAAUAGCGACGGAGAAAAAGAGCUGAUAACUGCACCUCUGGACAGUGGGCUGAUUCUUCCUGGCGUGACACGGCAGAGUGUUCUGGAUAUGGCUAGAGAAUGGGGAGAAUUCAAAGUAACGGAGAGAAUGGUAACGAUGCCUGAGUUUAUAAAAGCAGCUGAUGAGGAGAGAAUUAUAGAAGUAUUUGGAGCUGGUACAGCCUGCAUGAUCGCUCCUAUAGACUGCAUUCUCUACGAGGGACAGGAUAUCAAUUUACCCACCAUGACUAGUGGGGCUAAGUUAUCUAAAAGAUUGUUCGAAGAAUUGACUGCUAUUCAGACGGGUAAAGUUGAACACUCCUGGUCCCAAAGUAUCUACACCUGAGCUGACUCUACGUUUGUUUUCACUAAAAUUAUAUGGUAGUGUAUGAAAAAAUGUGUUUAUAGACUUUAAUAUUAUGUAUUUUUGGGCAGAUGUAAUAUUCCCGAAGUGUCUGUUAGGAUUUAGGAUAUAAAUAUAUAUGCUGUUAUGUUUUCGUUUUGUUAUUCUAGUUGACUAGUCGGAUUAUUGAAGUUUGUAGUAGCUGUUAUAGUUUAGUGCCAUUUUGGGACGAACUUCCAGAGGAGCUCAUCAAAAUCGUAAAAUUAUUUGUAUUUCAGUUUAAAUCUUAUUUGUAUGAACUUUUGGUACUUUUCAUAAUAUUGGACAGUUUAUAGAUAUUGCUGUAGCUGUAUGGAGUUGUCCAUAUUAGUGACAUAUGUGUACAUAUUAUAUUAAAGUCAUUAUUGUAACGGUAUAUUAGAACCAGACAGAAACAAAGUGUGAAGGGCCUGAACGGAACCCCUCGGUUUGUGUUUGUUUAGGGAAUGGCAUGCAACAGAAAUGUGCAAUUUGCUGAUGAAUCUUGGGGCGAAGCAAUCGUACGGGUAAAUACGAGCAAGCUCGGAAAUGGUGUUAAAGGCUAUUGUUCUCAUCAACAUUGUACUGUUGCAAGCCAUUAUUGUAGCAACUCAUCUGUUGUAACCCUCAGUAACUAGCGCAGGAGUACUAUACCAGUACAGACUGCUGGAGUUGCUUACAUUUUUAUUAGGUUUAAAUUAUUACAAACUUUAAAGUUAGUAUGCUAUCUGUAAAUACAUAUAAUAUAUAGACGCUUGUACCGUACAUAUUUUAUUAGAGUUCUUGCGUUUAAACCGUCUUAUGGUUGGAGGUGCUAGUUGUUUAGUUAGGAAAAGCAUAUUAUUAUUUCAACACAGUACAUACACAGUAAAAUAUUCCGAAGGGCCACCUUCGGAAUAUUUUCAAAAUAAAGGAUACAGUUUAACGUACACAUAGUGUGUAACAGGACUGUAUCAGUAUAUAGUAUCUUAGCGACCUUUUUAAUUUGCAAAAAUUAAAGUGUCCCAAAACCGUUAUUUUUUAGUUGUGGAAAGUCUAGUAGGAGUGUCUUUGAUUUUUCCAGGCCGAAAUUUCUUUAUUAAAUUAUCUGAACGAAUUUGUAGUUUAUAUGCCCGUUUUUUGUGAAAUACAGUUAUACUUAUAUCGUAUUAUUAAUAAAA